AUGCGUCCACUCUGGCCCUCGUUCGUCUUCCUUCUACUACAGGAGGCUGAAUCGGCAGCUCCAGACGGUACUCCCACCACCGUUGCUGCGUUGAAUUUGAGCUCUCUUCCUCCUCGCGGAGAGGUGACCGCGUCCGUGAAGCCGAUACCCGUGCAGCUACAAGAUGGAAGUGGGGACAAGAGUGGCGACAAACACGAGGAAAAAGAGGAGCGAUUUGGCCUGCCACAGACCUCAUCCGUUCUCGAGGGAGCAACGCACGUUGCAGGAUGGAACGGAUGGCUCUCGGUCCCGCUGGAUUUUCCAAUCGACCGAAGCAAGUUUUCCAAGAUCUUCGAGAAGUCGAACAUCGUCAAUGAGGAUCAAGUGAUGCAGUGGCUCACAAAGUUCCACACGCCUGGCCAAUCAUUUCGUGGUGAUGACUUGGUUACGGGUUUGGUACGAGAUGGACACGGGAAAGAGCUGGUACGACUUUUUCAAGAGAUGCGGUUCUUCCCUGAAUUGAAAGAGCGCGCCGCAAUGAUGCAGAGGGCCCUUCUUGCACAAGAGCCAAAACUUUCGUCAUCGGCCUUUGAUGUAUGGUUAGGGGCAAAGGUGACUCCUGCAGAAGCUUUCCACAUGAUGCCUAUUUCAGCGAAAAAAAGGCCUCUCGUUGCCGUCAAGAAGAAUUCGCCGCCGACCGAGAUCUUUUAUGAGCUCGGGCAGUGGCUGACGUAUGUACGCGACUACCGACUCAAGUGGAACGACUUCAGCCACGACCAAGUGAUCGACGUGCUGGUGCGUGCCAGCCUACCUGAGGAACAGUUGGUGCAGUUGUUUUAUGGGCUUCGGGGCAUAGUGGUAAAUGAACACGACCAUCUCAAAUUGAACGGCUUCAGCGACGACCGAUUGAUCGACGUGUUGGUACAUGCCGGCCUUUCUAGGGAAGAGUUGGGUGCCGGCCUCCCUGGGAAACAGUCGGUGCAGUUAUCGGAUCGGCUUCGGGGCCUAGCUGACAUGACAAAGCUCGUUGACGCGUUGCAAAGGCGUCUGGUCCUAAGAUCCCAGAACUCACUCGAAACGUUGAAGCUGAUGUUUGACGGGUGUUUGGACUCCAAGGUGGAUCCAAAAGAGGUUUAUCACAUGAUGCCUAUCCUAUGGAAGAAAAGCUUACCUAUUCCCAUCGAGAAGCCAAAACAUCUGGACGUUCUUCAUUUGGAGCAACAACGUCUGGACGCUCUUUAUUCGAAGCCCAAACUUUGGAUCGACUAUGUUUACAAGUUCCGAUUCGAGAAUCCCAGCCUUAGGGAUGAUCUAGUGAUCGAUGUGUUGCUGGCGGACAAGCGACCUGAGGUGGAGCUGGUGAGCUUUUUCAACUGGCUUCGAGAUAUGCCCGAUAUGAAGGAACGCGCUGACCUGCUCCAGAAGAAGUUGGCUCUAAGGUCGUCGGCUCCAUUAAUAACAUGUACGCAUCUGAUCAAGGCGUGGAAGAAAGCAGCGGUGAGCCUUGAAGAUGCCUACCACAUGAUGCCUUUCUCAUUGGAGAAACGCUUGGCCGCCGGGGAGGAGCCAAGUACGCCAGCCAGUUAUCAGAUGCUUAAACUUUGGAUCGACUAUGGUUACGAGAACCCAUCUGCGAGCUCCAGGCUUUGGGAUGAUCGAGUAAUCGAUGUGUUGCUGGCGGACAAGCGACCUGAGAAGGAGCUAGUGAGCUUUCUCAAUUGGCUUCGAGGCAGACCCAAUACAAAGGAACGCGCUGACCUGCUGCAGAAGAAUCUUGCUUUCAGGUUGAUGGCUCCACUAGCAGGGUUGCAGCUGAGGUUUGAUGUGUGGCGGAAAUUCAAGAUGGAUCUUGAGGGUGUUUACCACAACAUGUUUAAGCCAGCGAAAAAAAAAGAUUUUCGGGAUGUUGUCGCUACGAGGUCAAGCUGGCCCGACAGGUUUUCGAAACUCGAAAUUUGGAUAAAGUAUGUUUUCGAGUCGGGCAAUCCCAACAUCGACUAUGGUCGAGUGAUCGCGGUGCUGUUAAAAGACGAGCGGCCUGUGGAGGAGCUGGUGAUCUUUUUUAAUUGGCUUCGAGGCAGACCUGAUAUGACGGAAACAGCCGACCUACUACAGAAGGAGCUCGCUCUAAAGGUGCCGACCUCGAAUACGUUAGAGCUCAUGAUACAUGCUUGGAUGGAUGCGGAUGCAAAGGUGAGGCCUGAUGAGGCUUACCACAUGAUCCACUUUCCAGUGGAAAAGAGUUUUCUGGACGCGCUCGCAGUGGUGCCAGACUUACCCGCCAGUUUUACGAACCGCGAACUCUGGAUAGGCUAUGUUGUCGCAUACCGAAACAAAGGGAGGGACUUCAGCGAUGAUCAAGUGAUUGAGUUGCUGGUGGAUGAUAAAAUAUCUGAGGACGAGUUGGUGAACUUCUUCAAUUGGCUUCGACGUAGACCUAAAAUGAAGGAAACAGCCGAUUUGCUGCAGAAGAAGUUGGCUCUAAGGUCUCUGGAUCCAGCAAAAACCUGGAAGCUUGUGACUGAUGCUUGGGAACCAGGUGUGAGCCUUGAAGAUGCCUACCGCAUGAUGCCUAUCCCGGCCGCGAAGAGCUCUGACCGUGUCGCAGGUGAGAAGUCGAUCUGGCUCGCCAACUAUAAUUUGCUCCAACAUUGGCUACGGUAUGCUAGUAAGUCUGAAUCUGAGGUCAACGAUGAACAGGUGAUCAAACUGUUGGUGGCGGACAACAUGAACACGCUGGAGACGAUCCAAUUUUUUCGUCGACUUCGACUAGCCCCUGACUUGAGAGCCUACGCAAACACGCUGGAAGGGAUGUUGAUUGCUAGACUACCGGAAAUAGAUGUUGCGCUGGAUAACAGGAUCAACGCGUGGAUAAGUCUAAGAGUGACUCCACAAGAGGCUUACCCCAUGAUCAUCUCAGCGGAGAAUCGGUUGACCGUUGCUGACGGAGAGAUGUCGAGUGUGCCCGUCAUCUUUCGUAUUCACAAGAAGUGGGUGAAAUACGUGUACACGUUUCGAUCUAGUGGUGGCGUCUUUAACGAUGAUGAAGUGAUCAAAGUGUUGUCGGAAGAGAAGCGGUCCGAUUUCAGCGUGGUGGAAUUUCUCAAAUGGCUACAAGACGAACCCGAUAUGAAGAAGCGCGCUGACAUGCUGCUAAACAAGCUAUUGAAUCCCGCUGUCUUGUCCAAAACCAGCUAG